AUGGAAGAGAAUCCAGUUCUACAUGAUCAUAGCCCCUUGAGCGAUCUUCAAGAACGCCCCAGGAAGCGACCGCGUGUGUCUCCGGUCCCCAAAUCACCACAGGGCGUGAAUGAAAUCCCGCAACAAUGGGAUCUCCAAGCUGCCCGCGUCCAGAAUGACCUGCGCCUCAAGUCCAUCUUCGAAGGAAUAUUCGCAAAAUACGGCAAUGAUUUCUCAGAGGUGGGAGACGAGAUUGAUCUCGAGUCCGAUUGGAAGGACCCUUGGGAAAUGGAUCCUCUUGGCUCCGAUGAGGAGGGCCCCUCUCCUGAGGAAGCUCCCGCAUCAUCAGCAACCCGUGGGCAGGGAGAUACAAACCGCAUGUCGGUCGAUACUGGCUCGGUCGGACUUACAAGGGGGCCCAUGGCCGACUCGGCUGGAGCGCCCUCGGAGGUCAGGCCUGGAAAACUGGUAUCCAGUCCUCUGGGGCUUAAGGGCAAACCUUGGUCACAAUGGCAUUCAAUGGAGCCGAAUUCAGGCCCGGUUGAUCCCCUCUGGCAAGCUCCUGAGCUGCCGCCGCUGUUUGCGACGCCCAAGGCGACCAGGCAACCCACCGUGCUCUCACCUCAGCUUCCGACCAUUCCUCGAGAACCUUCUCCACCUGGCUCCGGGUCGCUUUGGACCGUUCCGCGACGGCGUCUUCCACGAUCCAGCCAGAAGGUACAAGGCCUGGCGACCUCCUCACCGAGUAGGAAGAGCCGGCCCCGUGCAAAACGCAAGCACCAGUCGAGCCCUGGGCCGCGGGACUGGUCCUUUGCUGAGGUUGCCGGAGGCGACGAAUCGGACGAUCCGCUGCAAGAGGAAUGGCCAUCUUCGCCUCUGCCCAUUCCACGCCAGGCAAGCAGAACCGGCGAACCAAAAACGAGGAGUCCUAAAACUACUCCAGUGAAGAUGACUGCGUAUACAAGCCCCAUAAACAAUCGAUCGGUCGAUCAUCGCCGCCAAUCGCCAUCGCGAGAGGAUCGGUCCGUGCACAGUAGAUCGGCCACGGGGCGCGACCAUCACGAUCGCGGCCACCAGUCGGAAGUCACCCCCCAGUCAGUGAACACUGCGGCUGGGGGUGGUCGACAUUCCCUACACGAUUCUGUCUCGCCCACGUUGCCUCGCUUCGUUGAUGGUGGUGAUAGUGGUGCUGCCGCUGCACAUGAAUGCCCAAGUUCAUCGCCAAUCAAAACGAAUGUCAAGUUUGCCCCCGACGAGAUCAAAUUGAUUGUGUGCAUGCGCUACGUGCAAGAACGGCCGUGGCGGGACAUCUCAGCGGCCUUACCAUCCCAUACACUGACGGAGAUCUACAAGUGGAAUCAGGUUCACUGGAGUGAUCGCCGGGCGUACCCGCCGAGAGCUCCAGCUCCCUGGUCUCAAGUGGAAGUUGAUAUCUUGGAUUGGCUAGCAGAAAUGCCUGGGCUAUCAUGGGCCGAGAUCAUGAUCGAGCUGCCCAAUCGGUCUCAGUCCGAGAUUGAAGAUGAAUUGCUCCGGCGCUGGGUUGGUGAUGAGAUUUGGCUUGCCAAGCAGCGUCUGGACGAAAGCACAGUCACGGACGAACCCCCUUCUUCGGUGUCUGUGCAUUACGAGACAGAGAGCAGGAUAGUGAAAAUCGAUGUGGGCCACAGUGACGAGGAAAAUCCACAAACUUUUCUCACUGCCGCCGAGGGGAGCUCAUCAUCCGAUUCCGAGAUGCCCACGACCCCGAGGCCGAAGCCGAAAGCGACCGCGUUGCCUCGAUAUCCUUCUCUCCCUCCGAGUGUAGAACCCCGGCGUGAAUUCGAAGAUCUCGUGAAUAGUGAUGGGGAUGGUGUGGAGGGUGAAACUGAUGACGUGAUGCUACUGAGCGCUGCAUCCUCCCCUUCUAAAUUAUCAUCAAUCUACCUAGGGAGCCCUGCACCAAAUCGAGAUCUCUCGAGGACGCCCCAAAGGUCACCAAUGAAAUCCCCUGUCAAGCCUCGACAGCUAUGA